AGUAGCAAUAAAAAGCAGUUUUUCGAAAAUUUGUGUAGAAACAUAUUUGUGUAGAAGUGUUUUGCUUUUAAUGUGCUUAUUUAAAAUGUGAAAAGUGAAUAGUUUUUCUCAGUCUAUGCAAAUGUUGAUGAAGUUAUUUGUUGAAGUAACUAAAAUGGUGAAUUAACAUACAGUCCAAAGGUUUAAUAUACUAAAAGAAAAACUAUCUACUUUGUGUUUGCCAAACACAUUUUUGCACUUUUCACUCACGCAACGGAAAAGUUAAUUCCUGCUUCUUAAUUGAACAAGGACGCCUCCGUUGUUCCACUCAUAUAACCGGGGGCAAAACAAAACGAAAACAAAAAGAUGACAUCGAAUACCGCUUUAUUGAGUGCGGCAGCACACGCGAUGCUCUCCUCCGACUUGUUGCCCAAUGUGAAUCUCUCUAAUUGGGAGAAACUGGUAACCGACGAUGAGUUUCGAGAUUUCAUGAAACUAGUGGAGAAGUACAAGAAUCCCAAUCACACGCAGGAGACAACUCUACCCAAAUGUCAUGACUAUUGCACGGGUGAAUUGUAUCAGAUGCUGCGCACCUACAAUGGUGUGCAUGGAUAUGUGGCGUUGAUGAUCUGCAUAUUCGGCACAAUUGCGAACAUACUCAACAUAAUCGUGCUAACCAAAAAGGACAUGGCCAAAGCACCAAUUAAUAAAAUCCUCAAAUGGCUGGCGAUAGCGGACAUGUUCGUAAUGAUCGAGUACAUACCGUUCGUUUCUUAUCAGUACAUCUACAUGAAACCAGGCGAGGAGGAUUUCAGUUACGCCUGGGCGGUUUUCGUGCUUUUUCACAUGCACUUCACACAAAUCCUGCACACGAUAUCCAUCGGACUGACGGUGACUUUGGCAAUAUGGCGUUACGUGGCGAUAAGACAUCCACAUGGACGUUUUGCGGCCUUUCUGUUGUCACAUUGCACCGAGGCGAUAAUAUUCUCCUUCAUUGUCUCACCAAUUGUCUGUUUUCCAACACUAUUUGUGUUCAAGGUGCGCGAGAGUUAUGUGGAGGACAGCCAGGAGCCGCUGUAUCACGUCUACGCGGACGAGGACACGCAAUUGUACAGGAUCAACUUUUGGAUACACUCGGUGAUAAUUAAAUUGUUGCCUUGCUGCAUACUAACCGUUAUCAGCUUCAUAUUAGUACGAGUUCUAUGUGAGGCGUCGAAGCGAAAGCAAAAGCUGAAGGACUACAAUAAUCCCAAUAAAACUGGCAACGCCAACGGUGGCAGCAGCUGUGCCGGGGAAGUUCCUUUAACCGAGCAGCGGCACUCACAACGUCCCCCGAAAUGUGAUCGUCGCACUGAUCGCACCACUAUGCUGCUGGUCGCCGUACUGAUACUCUUUCUGGUCACCGAAUUCCCGCAAGGCAUACUGGGUCUGCUGUCGGGUGUGUUGGAGAAAUGUUUCUUCUUCGUUUGCUAUCCACCAUUCGGUGAAAUGAUGGAUUUGCUGGCGCUCAUCAAUGCCGCUGUCGGCUUCGUGCUCUACGGACUGAUGUCAAAACAAUUUCGCACAACAUUCAAAUCGUUAUUCUUCAAAAAGAAUUUCGGCAGCAUGGAAAUGACACGACUGACGCGGGUCACCACGACGUGUGUUUGACUCCGGUGUGGAGGGUCACCUUAACUGCUUUAAAUGCUGCAAACGCUGCAAGGACUGUGUCGAUUGUUAAGCGGCUUACAACAUACAUAUGUAUGGACAUACAAACAUAUGUAUGUAUGGAUUAAAAACUGGGCGGUUUUGUCGACGACGGACUCUAAUGCGUGUUCGGUUGCAUUUUUAUAUGCAUGUGUGCGUGUGCUUAUUUGUAUAUAUGUAUAUGUCAGCAAGAUCAUGUAUAUAUGUAUUCUUAGUGCGCAUUAGCGGUUACUUAACAAUUCGUAAUUUUAGUUCGCAACGAAUUUACAGUUAUGUCCAAUAUUAUAUGCAUAUGUAUUUGUGUACAUAAGUAGCUGCAUAUAUGUAUUAUAUGACAGUAGCAGUUUGUAUUUGUAGCGCGGUGCUCAGCACUUUUGUAUUUAUGUAUUUUUUACAGCAAACCGCUAGAGUUAAGGUGUUCCUCCUGCGGGAAAAUAAAAAUGUUAAUUCAACAGUUAGUUAGCUAAGUGUACGUAUAUGUAUGUACAUCUUAAGUGUGAGUGAGUGUUGGUUUAUGGAGUAUUUUAUUCGCUCCUUUAUUAAGACUGUUUGUUAAUGGUUGAUGAAAGUUAAAUGUGUUUUUAUAUUUUAGCUUGUUAAGUUUUAUAGUGAAUUAAGCUAGAUUUUUUAUAGAUUUACUAAUUUAAUGUUAAUAAUUAAGAAGACCUAAGUGUUAAUGUCUGAUUUAUACGAGAAAUUCAUUAAAAAUAUGAAAUAUUACGAAAAUAAAUAAAUAAAUAAUAUUUGAAAUUAAACAUUUCACCAAGCACAGCAUUGGAAACAUGCAAAAUACCCGUUAAUUAAAAAAUUUGUGAACUAAAUAGUUUAUGUUUAUUGGGGUGACUAUUAUUACCAAAAUUAUUUUUUUUUACAAACGGCCGCUGAAGUUUCAGUUUCUGUCCUAAAAACAGCAUCCAACCAGCUACUUAUUUGCAAAGUAAACCUAACUCAUACAGCCAGAGACAUUUGACUAAACGCAAAAAAAAAAGUUAAAUUAAAUUUUUGAAAAUGUUUCUAUUAAUCCCAAACCGAACGCACAGCCCUGGGAAAGCAUGGUUUGCCUGCUCACUUUAGCUCGCCUUCAAAYGGAUGAUGUUUGGCUACCCACAGGAUACUUGGUCUAAGUCUGGAAGCCAUGAGCUGCUUGAGCCAUAUGUAAAAUAAUCAUUUCUGAACACUCUCAAGAGAAUGGCGCUUAGAAAACUUUUCAUACUUGCGUGAACUUCUACACAUGGCUCCAUCCUCUCUCAUCUGAGGCUCUGGUGUUCUUUCUAAACAUUGGCAAGCAUGUCGUAUCAGCAUAUUGAACUGAGAAUUGGCGGAUCUGAGACAGUUGUCCGAAAUUUAUUUAAAAACCGUGAAAUUUAUGGCAAGGCACCCAAGCCACAGGGUGAUAAAAAGUUGAGCUAUCGUGGUAAAGUCUCAAUUCUUAACGAGGCCACCGAAAACAGGCUGACAUCUGCCCAACUAAAAGAAAAAUUAUGUCUUCCUGUGACCAAAUGACACAUUGCGCGUAUUUUAAGAGAAACUGGAAAUAUAAAAAGGAAGAAAACAGUCGGUCGACCAAGCUUCUCGAAGAGGGUCGGCAUUUGCUCAAAAGUAUAUGCAUCGAAAGAUGGAGUGGGAUUACGCCAUAUUUUCGAACGAGAAGAAAUUCAAUAUUGUUGGUGCUGAUGAUUUGAGCUUCUCUUGGCAAGAAAAUGGCAAAAAAAAAAAAACCCGGCCAAAGAAUAAGGCACAACUUUGUAGGGGGUUCUCUAAUGGUAUGGGGUGCACUUACGUACAUUUAUAAGCUGUCGCUGUGCUUCAUGACUACAAAAAUGAACUCCAAAUAGUAUACAGCAUUGCUGGACGAUGUGCUUAUUACAUUUAUGGGAAACAAAACUAGACAAAUUUUUUCAACAGACAAUGCCGCCAUACAUGUCUCCAAGAAAGCAAUGGAGUGGUUUCAAGGCAAAGAAAAAUAAAUAUUUAUUGUACUGGCCUGCAUGAAAUACAGAUUGCAAUCCCAUUGAAAAUUAUUGGCAUACUGGUUUCAAAUAUAUAUCCGAAUUUUUUUUUCAAAUUAAAACGGGUUUCGAGCUUAAAGAACGAAUAAAAGACUUUUGGAUGGAUAUUGAACUUGAUGUCCUUAGAAAAUUGAUUAGAGAUUUUUCAAACUCCCUACAUCCAAAGGCAGUGUAAUUAUUUAUUAAACUACUUACUAUUCACAAAAAAAAAACA